CUUUUUUAACUGGAAUCGUACAUUUUUUUCAUCGACUGGUUAAUGCAGCUUGACAACUAAGAUUGUCUUGAUCUCGAUUUGUAUUUUGAUAAAAUUAUUGUUAUUCAUAAUAACUAACUCAUCGACGUUACACUUUAUCGAUUAAGUUUUGCGUGAACAAUUAUUGUAAGAGUCUAAAAUUCGAGCAGAAAUAGAGUCCCGAAAGUAUGGAUUAACUGCAACCUUAUUAAAAGACAAAAUGUACGGCAAUGCUGCAAUUUAUGUUACUUAAUAAUCAGAAGACAAUCUAAAAACAUUAACCUACCGUUUCUAUGUUAAAGAUGUUGCCAUUAUGUCACACAGUGAAUGAAUAUAAGAAACGCACGCAUGAUCAUCAACACAAAUCUGACAAAUCAGUUUUUUCAUCUCUUUCGUCCGUCAUAAGAAGAUUAAUUGGUGAAUAGUUAUCGAUAGAACGUGACAUAUCGUAACAAUUUAGGACAAAAGUAUUUGAAAAUGUCAUGACUGGCAUUUGGCAUUUGCAAAAUGUCACUAGUACUACCAUCAGCCUAUCCUAUUUAGUUAGAAAUGGCUCCACAAGUAUUGUGAGUUACUUUUAGCUAAAUGCUGAAUGAUGCCCGAUAUUCUCAUUUCGUGCGUACAAUAAAAAAAUAUUAUGAGAAAACCAAUACUUCUCGAUGUGACAUAUUAUAGGCCCAAGGAAAAGAAAAAAUUAUACUAUAGCGUUUCAGUUAAAACGGUUGCGUGUCACGAGAAUUUUCGCGUUCUACUCCUUGCGCGCGUAAGUAUGGUUCUCCCUCCCGUUUUUUCCUCGAUCGAGGCGCGCACGGAUGCGGAGAAAUGCCGCCCCGCGGUUUUAUCCGUCAGUCGAGAAUGGCGUAAGCUUCCGACCGGACGGCCUUUACGAUCAGUGAACGUUUUUCGUACGAACAUGAAAUCCGUGAGGAUCGCCGCGUCGCGACUCUGAUAUACUUACUUGUUGAAAAAUAACAAUACAAAAAGAAAGAUCGAGUACUUGUAUCGUGAUAUUCAGUGCCUGUCGUUUGAAAUCAGUUUCUACAAUUUCUAAGUUCGAACUUGCACUCGCGAGAACAUCGAUAAACCUCGUAGCCUGCGGAUCGAUCGUUGUUAGUGAACCAGUGAGAAAUAAUUCGUUGUUUCCCUUCAGGAAUUUCAUUCGAACGCAGUACCUUCUGAAUUUUGUUUUGGUCACUGAACUUUAGUAGUUCUCCGUUGUAUACUUGGCGCCUGGACUAAGUGCGUUGUUUAACCUUAUUGACACUAAAAAACGUUAAGAUUAUUACAGGGAUUAAUCGAAAGAAUGUUUCCGAGCAACGUGGUUUCGAAAGUGGUCGUGAUUUGGUGGUCGCUCUCGACACCUUGAAUCACUUAGGCGAAGGUGGUCGAUCGCUGCGAAGGAUUUCUACUAACCUUGACCUAGUGUGAUCAAUUCGCUGUGUCGCGAACGCAACUCAGGUCAAGCAAACUGUUCGAGUGGGAAACCCCACAAGAUAUUUCUGACCAUUGAACGGAAAACGGUUUUAUUAUAUCGGUGAAUAGUGCUAAGGAAAUACCUUCUUGAACCGUUAUUUUAAACAGUGUUUCCUGCGACUAUCAACGUGUGAAUUAAAAACUGUAGGUGUCGUGUACAGUUAGUUUGAUGACGAAUCGUGAAAACGUCAAAUGAAACAUCUACUAUGCGAACACAUGAUUUCAGGUGCUCUUCAAGCGUGUGCUCCCAAGGUACAGUGCGGGAGGGAGUAGGUGAGACUUGGCGACAAAUAGGAAGGGUGUUCUCGGACACCAAAAGCUGGGGUACCCUGACGAGGAGGUCCUGGAGGAGGAGGUGGGUCGCAGGAGAAAGAAAAGAAAGGAGGUGACCAUCCACCCCACAUGGACGCCACCCCCAAAGGACCCCCCGUACCCCCCACAUCGGAUAUCCUGUCACCAUUAUUUAGCUGCAGAAUAUCCGACCUAAACUUAAGGGCGUCGUUCUCAACCCCGCAUCGCCGUCAACGUUGCCGUCGAAUAUUGAGACAUUUGUCACUUGAUGCUCGUCAUACGACGAAAACGAUCGGCCACGCGUCAUCUCUAUCUUACACGUGCCUCAACUUCUCUCGUCUUUUUCGGCGUAAAUUAAAACGAUUGCCGAUCUCCUAUUUCCGCGUCCACAAUAAUAAUCGACCGCAAAAGCUAAACAUUCCCGUCUGCCGCGGUGCGGUCCAAUCGUCGACAGAUAGCAAUCGUUCCCUGUGUUCGUUGGCAAGAAGAAACGUUAUCGGAUUGAGAUCGCCGGAUUCAAGAAUAGGUAACGACGUACGAACGUUCGCAACGACGUUACUCUCGGUAGACGAAGGCAGCAAAUCAUUUUUUACCCUCGUUUUUACACCACGGCGACAGAGCCAUAAGUUUGAUGAAUUUUUUACAACACCGCUCGUGGUACGUCGUAAACCUGGGAAAGUAUUUUUAAGAGGUGUCGCUUUCUCUGUGAAACAUAUCUACAGACUCCGUCCAAGAGCGCCUAACUCCGAGCUGCAGCCUAAUAAACCACGCAAACAAUGUCACGCAGCGCUGCCACGCGUCCCAUGCAAGAAACCCCGUUGAAUCGCGGAAAACCCGCGUGACCACUAGCAGCUAUCGAAAAGCAUCGCGCUUUCUCAUGGUAACCCUUCCAACGAUAGCGAAUUACAAAUUUCUUCUGAACGAAAUUAUCAUAAGACUGUGAACAUCAGGAACUUGUCCGUUGAAUGAAAGUCCGUAAAACCACGGUGUUAAUAAAUUUGAUUAACAUGUCGUGGAUUAAUUAAACACUUCGAAUGGAGCUCAAAAGACACGUGAUGUAUGAUACUAAAACGAUAAAAUAGUCAUUGAAAAGUUAUUCUCGUAAGAAACAGUGAGAUUUAUAGAACGUAUAAAAUAGUUGCUUGGUAUCGGUAAAAAAUGCCGAUUAAAGGACACGGCCAACGAACGAUUAAUGGACACGUAGUCGGGAACAGACAUCGUGAUUCAACGAAGACAGAGUUAACGGGCUAAUGCCGUCCUGUACCUGCAAUGAUUCGCGAGGACGAAGAAGAGGAGGGACCCAGGUGGAAAUAUGUAAGAGGCAAGGCGGACAUCGUCUCGUCGGCACGGCUAAAGUGCCACGAGGAAGAAGAGGUGAAGGACUGCGACGAGGCGGACAGACUCUCGCUGGCGUGUACCGCGACGAAAUCCGACGCGGAAGAUAGCCGGAAGGCAUCGACGGCCGCUGCGUCGAUCUGCAACGACGAGGAGAGUUCCGGUACCAGACGAAAGAAGAAACGGCGUCGAAAAACGAGAAAGAAACAGCUGUUGCAUUUGCAACAGCUGCCACAGGAGGGAUCUGAAGUGAACACAGUGGUGAAUCUGCCUUCGUCUUCGGAUGAGGUCGAGGCAGUCGGCGAAUGCUCGAAAAGGGAUUCGUCCAGUAGUUUGGGUGGCGCGAGCAGGCAUAACACCCUUCGAGAAUCAUUGCUAACUGUGCUAGGCAAGCUGGUGAUUUGGAAGGGAACUAGGUAUCGUUCGGCCACCGCAGCAUCCUCUUCGCCGCCAGUGCCACCCAACUCGCCACCCGCGACCGAGUGCAUCGGUCGUAGCACUUCAUUUUUCUCCAGUGAAACGGAGAGGAGAAUUCGCGCCAAUAAUCGCGAGUUCAACUCACAGUUUAAUUAUGCGAACAACUACAUCAAAACGUCCAAGUAUUCGGUUCUGACGUUCCUACCAUUAAAUUUGUUCGAGCAAUUUCAGCGGCUCGCUAACUUUUACUUCCUAUGCCUGCUGGUGCUUCAGAUGAUCCCCGCUAUCUCCUCCUUGACUCCCAUCACUACAGCUAUACCCCUUAUAGGGGUGCUCAUGCUCACUGCCGUCAAAGAUGCCUACGACGAUUUUCAACGGCAUAGCAGCGAUUCGCAGGUGAACAAUCGGAAGUCGCAAACGCUGCGAGGUACCAGCCUCCGCGAGGAGAAAUGGUCGCAAGUGCAAGUGGGCGAUGUUAUUAGGAUGGAAAAUGAUCAGUUCGUUGCAGCCGAUGUCCUUCUUUUAUCUACUAGUGAGCCGAACGGUCUUUGUUAUAUAGAAACCGCAGAAUUAGAUGGGGAGACGAAUUUAAAGUGUCGGCAAUGCUUAACCGAAACUGCCGAGAUGAUGGAUAAUCAUGAGUUAAUCGGUCAAUUUGACGGGGAAAUUGUUUGCGAAACUCCUAAUAAUUUGUUAAAUAAAUUUGACGGUACUUUAACGUGGAGAGAACGGAAAUUCCCACUGGACAAUGACAAAAUUAUAUUACGAGGUUGCGUGCUCCGAAAUACGCAGUGGUGCUACGGUGUAGUCAUCUUUGCAGGGAAGGAUACCAAAUUGAUGCAAAACUCAGGGAAGACCAAAUUUAAGAGGACCUCUAUAGAUAGGCUGCUGAAUCUUCUCAUCAUCGGGAUAGUGUUCUUUUUACUUUCUAUGUGUUUGUUUUGUAUGAUCGGUUGUGGUAUAUGGGAGAGUCUGGUGGGCCGUUAUUUCCAAGUGUAUCUACCAUGGGACUCGUUGGUGCCUACCGAGCCUAUGGGCGGUGCCACAGUGAUCGCUCUACUUGUGUUCUUUUCAUAUGCUAUCGUACUGAACACGGUGGUGCCAAUCAGUUUAUACGUGAGUGUCGAAGUUAUCCGGUUCGUUCAGUCAUUUUUGAUCAACUGGGACGAAGAGAUGUACUAUGCACCCACGAACACGCACGCUAAAGCAAGGACUACUACGUUAAACGAAGAAUUGGGACAGAUAGAAUAUAUAUUUUCCGAUAAAACCGGAACAUUGACGCAGAAUAUUAUGACUUUCAACAAGUGUUCUGUGGCAGGAAAAUGUUACGGGGAUGUCAUCGACGAAGUUACCGGGGAAGUCGUCGAUUUAAGUGAGACGGACAAAGCUGCCCGAACACCUACGAUGCGAUGGAAAAACGGACAGGAAUUUGUUCAAAUUUAUUCACCACUAAGCGGUCCGAACGUGCGUCUACUGGAACAUGUCGACCGGAUAGCCAAUAUAAUUCCAGGAUCUAAUGGCGAUCUACAUAAAUUUUCAACAUUGCCAGCUUUGGAUUUCUCGUUCAACAAGGAUUACGAGCCAGACUUCAAGUUCUACGAUUCUGCACUGCUCGACGCUGUAAAGAGGAAUAACGAGGAUGUUCACAGUUUUUUUCGAUUAUUGGCACUUUGUCAUACGGUUAUGCCGGAAGAAAAAAGCGGCAGGUUAGAGUAUCAAGCGCAGUCGCCGGAUGAAGCUGCACUUGUAUCCGCAGCUAGAAACUUUGGUUUUGUAUUCAAAGAAAGAUCUCCAAAUAGCAUAACCAUCGAAGUUAUGGGGAAACGCGAGAUAUACGAACUGCUUUGCAUUUUGGACUUUAACAACGUUAGAAAAAGAAUGUCUGUGAUUCUAAGGAAAGACGGGCAUCUUAGGUUGUACUGCAAAGGUGCGGACAACGUUAUCUACGAACGGUUGAAAAAGGGCAGCGAGGACAUUAAGGCAAAAACGUUAGAUCAUCUCAAUAAAUUUGCGGGCGAAGGUUUGAGGACAUUGUGUCUUUCCGUGAGGGAUCUCGAUGAACAGUUUUUCAACGAUUGGAAGCAACGUCAUCAAGAAGCUGCCAUGAGUCAAGAGAAUAGGGACGAUAAAUUGGACGCGAUUUACGAAGAGAUAGAGAAAGAUAUGACUUUAUUAGGCGCUACUGCUAUUGAAGACAAAUUGCAAGAUGGUGUACCUCAAACGAUUGCUAACUUGGCUCUUGCUGGUAUCAAGAUCUGGGUAUUAACCGGUGAUAAACAAGAAACGGCUAUCAAUAUUGGCUACUCCUGUCAGCUGUUAACAGACGACCUUACAGAUGUUUUUAUAGUCGAUGCCACUACCUACGAUGGGGUCGAAAAUCAGUUAGCGCGGUACUUGGAAACUAUUAAAACAACCUCCAAUCAUCAAAAUCGUCCAACACUCUCCGUUGUCACAUUCAGGUGGGACAAGGAAAGCAGUGACACUGAAUACAAUGCUAGCAGAGAUGAACAAGACGAACACGAGAUGGAACAAGCAACAGGAUUCGCGGUAGUAAUUAAUGGACAUUCCUUGGUUCAUGCGUUGCAUCCGCAGCUUGAGCAACUGUUCCUUGAGGUAUCAAGCCAAUGUAAAGCAGUGAUAUGUUGUCGCGUGACUCCUUUGCAAAAAGCGAUGGUAGUCGAAUUAAUAAAGAAAAAUAAGAAUGCUGUGACACUCGCGAUCGGUGACGGGGCUAACGAUGUCUCGAUGAUAAAGACAGCUCACAUAGGUGUCGGCAUCAGUGGACAAGAAGGAUUACAAGCUGUACUAGCGUCUGAUUACUCGAUAGGACAAUUUAGAUUUCUGGAAAGACUGCUCCUUGUCCAUGGUAGAUGGUCGUACUAUAGAAUGAGUAAAUUUCUUAGAUAUUUUUUUUACAAGAACUUCGCGUUCACAUUAUGCCACAUCUGGUUUGCCUUUUUCUGUGGAUUCAGCGCACAGACUGUAUUUGAUCCUAUGUACAUUUCUGUCUACAAUCUGUUUUAUACGUCGUUACCCGUGAUGGCAGUCGGUAUAUUCGAUCAAGAUGUUGAUGAUAAAUAUAGUUUAAUGUAUCCGAAACUCUACGCACCCGGAUUACAAAAUUUACUUUUCAAUAAAAAGGAAUUUUGCUGGAGUGCCAUACAUGGCUUUUUUGCCAGUUGCGUAUUGUUUUUAGUUCCGUAUGGAACUUAUAAGGAUGGAGUAUCACCAAAGGGCUAUGUACUUUCUGAUCAUAUGUUACUGGGAAGUGUUGUAGCCACUAUAUUAGUCAUAGUCGUGACUGUUCAAAUAGCCCUUGAUACAUCGUACUGGACGAUUGUUAAUCACAUUAUGGUUUGGGGCUCGCUCAUUUGGUAUUUUAUUUUAGAUUACUUCUAUAAUUUCGUCAUAGGUGGUAGUUAUGUUGGCAGUCUCACAAUGGCAAUGUCUGAACCAACGUUUUGGUUCACAGCAGUCAUUUCGUGUAUUAUACUAGUAAUACCUGUACUGUCGUGGAGAUUCUUCUUCAUAGACGUCAGGCCAACGUUGUCUGAUCGUGUCAGGCUUAAGCAGAGGUUGGCAAAACUUCGUUCUCGGCAAAGUCAAGACAUACUCCGUACACCUUCGACGAGGCGGACUCGACGAUCUCUUCGUUCGGGAUAUGCUUUCGCUCAUCAAGAAGGUUUCGGCAGGCUCAUCACAUCCGGCAAGAUCAUGCGAAAAUUACCAAAUGGUGCUGAUUUUAAGUUUGCCAUGCCGUUUACGAACAAUACCAGCAAACAAGUUAGUGUCGCUACUACUUCACCAAAGGACAAUGCAUCCAAAAAUUCGCACAGUUUGGAUACUAUUAAUCUCUAAUCUGGACAUUAUAUUACAAGUAUCUCCAUCAUCUAUUCAAAAUUUCGGAUGAAUGAUCUGCUAACGCAAUAGCAUUAAUACAAAAAGGGUUCUUCGAAUUUCUUUCAAAUGAAUCUUUUUAUUUUAACGACAAACGCGGGUUUUCUUCAUAUGCAAUUGAAACAUCAGAUACUUUCUUUUAAUUGUAAUUUAUUCCUCAUUACGAGUAAUAAAGAUAAAAAUAUUAUGAUGUACCACGGAUUGCAAAACGUU